AUGGGGAGCAUUACGGCUGGCGAAGAUGCCCCUCUGGAUCCCGAUUUCAACACCCAAGUGGUUGUUGUCGGGACAGGGCCAGCAGGAGGAUCUCUGGCUGCUUUCCUGGGUUCACACGGAAUUCAAGGGAUUGUAAUUGGAAUGACAUCCACCACGGCAGAAACACCACGCGCACACAUCACCAACAUGGCUGCUCUAGAGUGCUUACGGGACAUUGGUCUGGAAGAAGACUGCCGAGAGCUGGCGAGUCCGAAAGAAAGCAUGAUGCAUACCCGGUGGGGAUACAGCAUGGCCGGAGAAGAAUAUGCGCGCUUGUACGCCUGGGGCAACGGUCCUGCCUUGGAAGCCAAGUACAAAGAGGUCAGCCCUUGCGACCCAAUCGAUCUGCCACAGACUCGUCUUGAACCAAUCCUCAUCCGCAAAGCGGCGACCAGUGGCUUCAUCACUCGUUUCAACACGGAGUUCCUGCGCUUCCAGGAUGAUGUCGCCAAAUGCCAGGUGGACGUGAUCGUCAGAGACACCGUCUUCGGGACAAUACAUCGGAUUCGGUGCCGGUACUUGUUCGGUGCAGACGGUGCCCGAAGUCGAAUCAUCCAACAACUUGAUCUACCGCUGAGGCAGAAUCCGGGCGGAGGGUUGGCGUGGAAUGUGCUGGUCAAGGCAGACUUGAGCAAGUACAUCGCACACAGGCAGGGUAAUUUGCACUGGUGCUACCAGCAUGACGUGAGCCAUCCCGACUUUGCCUGGAUCGGUUUUCCCCGAAUGGUGAAGCCGUGGCAUGAGUGGGUGUUCAUUAUGUUCCCAGUGCCGGGGUACAAAGCAGACAUCCCGCCGACUCAGGAGCAUUGGAUGAAGCGCAUCAAACAGAUCAUCGGUGAUGACUCCGUCGAUGUCGAAAUCCUCAACGUCAGCAAAUGGCUCGUCAACAACAUCUGGGCGGAGAAGUAUGCUAAGGGUAACGUGUUCUGCCUCGGGGAUGCGGUCCAUCGUCACCCUCCCGCCAAUGGACUCGGUUCCAACACCUGUGUUCAAGACGCGUUUAAUCUGGCAUGGAAGGUUGCGUACGUUCUCAAAGGUCUGGCUGGGCCAGAACUUCUCGAUUCCUAUGAGCAGGAACGGCAGCCUGUUGGCGCCAACAUUGUGUCCAGAGCAUUUCAAGGCUUCCUAGACCAUCUGCCUCUGUGGAAGAGCGCGGGCAUUUUAGAGCCAAGCGCCGAAGAGCGAGUCUCGGCGUUUGCAGAACUGUCUGUCAACAGUGCAGUCGGAAAACAACGUCGGCAAGACUUCAUAAAGGCCAUCAAGGGGACCAGAUAUGAAUUCCAGGGGCUGGGGAUCGAGAUGAACCAGCGGUAUCGGUCCGGAGCUGUCUAUCAAGCUGAUCAGGGCGACGAGCCACCUCUUAUGGGAGAUCCCAUCCUUGACCAUACACGCUCAACAUAUCCCGGUGCACGGCUUCCACAUGCUUGGCUCAAUCGAGCUGUUCCGGGGCAGCGAAUCUCGACGAUCGAUUUAGCUGGCAAUGGUGGAUUCACAGUCCUGACUGGCAUCGGUGGCGAGCGGUGGAAAGAGGCAGCGGCUCAGGUAUCAAAGGCUCUGGACAUUCCGCUGGCGGCAUAUUCGAUCGGAUUCCGUCAAGAUUGGGAGGAUGUGUACUUUCACUGGGAGUCCGUGAGGGAGAUCGAGGAAGAUGGGUGUCUGCUCGUGCGACCCGAUCGCUUCAUCGCCUGGAGAUCUCUCCAAAUGGUGGAUGACCCAGCCAGUGCGCUGCUGAAAGUCCUUCGCCAAAUCCUGCAUCGUGGCCAGGUGUGA